UCUGAGCUGCGGGGGAAGAGGGUGAAGAUGAUCUAGAGUUCCUGCUAACAGCCAUCUGUAGUACUUAAUAUACAGUAUUUACAUCCGAUGGGACUUGAUAUAUUCAACCUGUUUCCCUCCUCUUCCUGUGACUAUUGUUUUUGUUAUUUAUCUUACAAUUGCAGAGAGAUGGUUUGAAGGGAGCAGAGCAAACCUCCAAAGUGAAAGUCAACUGGGAAGUGCGUCUGUGCUGGUUGAACAGGGAAAUUAAAAUCCUUACAUCGGUAUGGUUCUUCCAUCUCUGAGUCAUCUGUAAUCGAGGAACCCACACCAGCUGAUCACCAUGAAUGCCUCAGCCCCAUUAUUUGCCAACAAUACCCCACUUUGCUACUCCAUCAACAGCCCUCCAUUCAAGCCCAUACCGAAUGCCUCGGCCUACUUCUCAUCCAUCUUCAGCGUCUUGGGUCUCACAUCCAAUUUCAUCGCCUUCAUAGUUCUACUCAAGUCCAUCCGGCGGACACACAGCCGCUCGCGCUCCUUUUUCAUGAUCUUCCUGGGUGGCCUGGUGGUUACUGACUUCAUGGGUCUUCUGGUCACCGGGUGCAUCGUGGUUUCAUACCACAUCACUCACUUUAAUUGGCGCAUCUUAGAUCCAAACUGCCACUUCUGCAACUUCAUGGGUAUGUCCAUGGUCUUUUAUGGACUUUGCCCACUGAUGCUUGGUGCUGCCAUGGCCAUAGAGCGCUUCAUUGGCAUCAACCAUCCAUUUGCACACUCCACCAGCAUGCCCAAGAGCCGGACAGUUUCCAUGGUGCUGAUGGUGUGGUUGAUCGCAGGCUGCAUAGCUUUGCUGCCCCUAAUAGGCAUCGGGAGCUAUCACAUGCAGAUACCUGGCUCCUGGUGUUUUUUGAACAUCAGCUCUAAGGGGAAUGAUUUUGCCUUCUCCCUGCUCUUCUCCCUGGUCGGGUUGUUGAGCAUCGCUGUGUCAUUUUUCCUAAACACGGUGAGCGUUGUGACACUUAUCAAGGUGUGCUGUGGACAGGAUAAGACCCAGCGGCGCAGAGAUCACGAAAUAGAGAUGAUGGUUCAGCUCAUCCUCAUCAUGGUCAUCGCUUCUAUCUGCUGGUGCCCCCUUCUGGUCUUUAUUGCACAAACUGUUCUGUCGGGACAUCCACUCCAGAUCAGAUACCUACUGCUGUGGCUACGCUUCGCCACCUUCAACCAGAUCCUGGAUCCGUGGGUAUACAUCCUGUUCCGAAGAGCCGUUUUUAAAAGAAUCGCACCCCGCCUUGACUGGUCUCGUGGCUCCGUCAUGUCCUUGUACCCAUCAUUCGGGGAAACCGUCCGAAGGUUUACACGCUCCUCACUAGGGAGCACCCUGAGCCACGAUGAAGCAGGAGACAGACGAAAAUCAAACGUAAAGACCCCACAUCCUUCUCCGUGAUUGUUUGGAUUUGGGCUUUUGCGUGAGUGAUACCAUUGUGGUAACAGAAAGUGUUUGACUGUGUUUUCAAACACUCAUGAGUUUUAAUGUUAACUGUGAGCAAAAUAAGAAGCAGAAUUGCAUCAAUAAUAUGAACCAUUCAUGUUGUUGUUUUUUGCUUAGCACUGAAGGCUUUAUCACUAGUAAUGACCAGAGUUUAAAGAAUUCAACAAUGUCUGAUUGGAAACACAUUCAGGGUUUAAUAGAUGGAUACAAUUGGUCUCUGUAACCAGAUGCACUGCUGAUUCUAGGUGUACUUCCGAUCAAAUGUGUAUCGUGUUAUUUGAUUUUUAAACUAUGUUGUUGUUCCUGUAGGUCAGACAUUAUAUAUUUUAAGUUUGUACUUUGCUCAGAUGCUCUUGAGUGUCACAUUCAUUUGAGGAAUAGGUUUUUAGCUAUGAUUUAAGGUUCAUGCUAAGUAAUAUAUUUAUGUUUUGUUCCUUUUCUGAAAGUGUGUACCCCAAAAUGUUUGGAUAAGACUUGGUAUGUUGAAGGAACAUUGACGGUGGAACAGUUAAUCCCCAGAGCUUCUAACACUGAUUUUAUUCUAGUCGAGCUGCCUAAAGGUGACAAUGUGACUGCAAUGAAAUGUAGCUGAGGCCUCCAAGCACAUUACAAAAUAAUUGUGUGAUACUUCUUUUAAUGGUUCACAUUUUUUAAACCGAACUUACAGAUCUUGAAAUGAUCACUUGUAACCUUUAUACUUUUUCUUUUCAAAACAUUUGCAUAUGAUCCUCUGGUUCAGUCAUGCAUGUCAUUCAUGGCCAGAUUAAUGUUUUGCAGAAGAGAAACACUGCAGAGUAAAGCAAUGCCGAUGAGAAUGUGAUUAUCCUAACAAAAAAAUCAUAUUUAUGCAAGACUAGCAAAUGCAAAGUAUGUGUUGUGAACGCAAGAAACAUCUUUAUUGCUUGAGAAAAGUGAAAUAUAACUGUACAGUAUAAGUGUGAUUACAACAACAUGGAACAGAGGAGGGAAUGGUUUUAUUUAGUUUAGUUUGUUGGAUGAAUCCAAAUUCAGAUGGAUCAUUUGGGCAGUUAAAUUGCAAACAUUGCAGCUGUAUUGUAAUAUAUUUACAUGCAUUAUACAGUAUUAUGCUUGUAUUUUAAUAUAAUGAAACUGAUUACAUUCUUUCUUUGUGAUUACUCAUUUAACCACAUUAGUCACACUGAUCUGGUUUAUACUUUCUAUAUCAAUCAGAGUGGGCCAGAAAAGACACUUACCCACCAAACCAAUAUCCAAUAACAGCUAAAAUGUGUUUUGCUUUAACUCCUUAUUUGUGUGAUCCGGUGCAUUGAAGUGUAAAUGUUGAAUGUGGUUGACAGAAAUGGCAUGUGGUUGUACAUAUAAAUAAAGGAUUAGUAAGAUGCAGAACA